CCCGCCCCUGUGACGUCACAGCAGAAGCUCAGCUUAUCCUCCUGACUGACGAAAUGUGGUGCUUGCGGUAAAUACACGGAACAGCCAGUAGCUUCUUCUUCUAACCUGGCAUUUGACAGUUUGCUAUUGCCACGAAUUCAGUCAUGCCAUUAAAUGGUGUAAAGUCGACUUUGUUUCCGUGCAAGCCUAGCUGCAUCGUUGAAGCUAGUUAGCUUGCUUAGGUUAGCUCCGCCGUGAUGCGUUUAAAGGUCCUCCGUCCUGUCUCCUUAACAUCUGACUGAGAGCAAAUUGCGAGAUGGAAGGCUGGGAUGAGGAGGACUCGCUGGAAGCACCUGAGUUGCCUCUGGAGAUUGUAGUCUACAUCCUGACCUUCCUGCAAACUCCAGACAGAAAGGAAGCAUCACUAGUUUGCCGUAGCUGGUACAUUGCCAGCCAGGACUUGUGUUUUCAGAGGAAUGUCACAUUUUGCUUUCCAGCUUCAGCCUCAUCCCUGGAGCUGGUCAGGAGUCUUGGACAACGGUCACGCUGCAGCCUGAUCAUCAAACAGCUCGAUGGGUUCAGCUUGUCCAGGUCGUUGCUGCAGGAGGUGGGCACAAGUGUUGGCUCCAAGUUGGAAAGUUUAGCACUACCUGGCAGCAGUGUCACUGAGGCCUCCUUGUUGGCUCUCCUCCCUCGUCUCACUUCACUCCGCAGGCUUGACCUAAGAGGCCUGGACAGCCUUUUCAUGUCCGGAGCGUUCCUCUCCAGGAAGGAACACAGACAGCAGAUCAAGUCGGCCCUGUGCGGCCUUGAGGAACUGGACCUGUCCGACCUGCGCUACCUCUCCGACCUCACCUUCAAUCGCCUGACGGGCUGCACACCUCGCCUCCGUCGCCUCUCGCUGGCUGGCUGCCACAUCGCUUUUGAGUUUGACCCCUACAGUGGCUGCCCGGUGGGAACUGUUGAGGUUUCCUCUGCACUCCUCUCACUCAGGAACCUGCGCAAGUUGCUCACGGAGCAGAGCGCCACCCUUGUUGCUCUGGACCUCAGCAGAACCUCGGUCACCCCUGAGUCCCUUCGCACUAUUGCCCAGGUUGAAGGUUUGACUUUGGAGGAGCUGUGUCUGCAAAGUUGCAAAGAGCUGACGGACUACUCGGUGGAGGUUCUGGUAAAGCACCAGCCGGGCCUCCAGAAAGUGGACAUCAGCUGCUGCACCGAGCUGACCAGCAGGGCCGUGGUGGCCGUAGCGCGAGGCCUGAGCUCCCUUACACGGCUCUCUCUGUCACGCGACUGGAAGAUCACUGAGACAGGCUUGGCCGACCUGGUGUCCAUCCCAUCACUGCGAAAUCUGGAUCUAUCCGAGUGUCUCCAUGUCGGCGGUGUGGAGAUGGUGAAAGGCUUGUCACGAUGCCUCUCUGAGCGAGCGCAACUGGAGAAGCUCAACCUUCGGAGCUGCACUUACAUGCGGGAUGAGGCUGUUUUCACCCUCACGCAGCUUCUAGGCAGCACGCUACGUGAACUGGACUUGACCUCGUGCGUCAAUGUGACCGACCUGUCGGUGCGCGCCAUUGCCACCUACCUGCAGGGCCUGCUGGUGCUGCGUCUGGGCUGGUGUAAAGAGGUGACAGACUGGGGUCUGCUAGGGAUGGUGGAGACGAGCGCCUGUGAGCUAGACGAGAAGGAGGACAAGGGCCCCAGGUUCACACGCACCUUCGGCAAUAUGGGCUUUUUCAAGCCUCCGCGUUUGCCCUUCGAGGAGCGACCCAAGUUGGUAACGCCCGAUGACCUGAAGCAUUUCAAACAGGAAGCGGGAGUGUCACUGUUGGCGCUCAGCAGGCUGCGGGAGCUCGAUUUGUCCGCCUGCUGCAAACUCACCGACAGCAGCAUCACACAGGUUGUGCGCUUCACAGAACUCCAACAUCUCUCUCUGUCCUCGAUGACUGACAUCACGGACGCCAGCUUGUCAGCUGUGGCCCGACACUGCCGCGCCCUCACCAGCCUGGAGCUCAGCCGUUGUGCGCACAUAAGCGACCGCGGCGUGGAGCAGGCGGUGCCGCACCUCCACAGGUUGCAACAUCUCUACCUCUCCGGUUGCAAUAACAUCACAGAUAAGUCUCUGUUCCUGCUGGCUCAGCACUGUAAGCGACUUAAAACACUGGACGUGUCAAAGUGCAACAAGAUCUCAGGAACAAUGGUGGAGCACCUUCUAUCACAGCUGCACUUUUUGGAAAAUAUCUAUUACAAACUACCUUAUGGGACCGACUUUUCACUCUGAUUUAAAUGUUCUGGAUGACUUUUCAUCAAACAAAUCUGCUGACCAAAACUGUUAAGAAGUAUUGAGGUUUAUAACAUCCACAUCUGACUAAAUGAACAGGUGAGAGGAACUUGAGUCCGUACUUCAAGCUAUCCCCACAUUUGUUUUUGUACUUAAAUCUUCCAGUAGCAUGAAGAUUUCAUUCCAUGUUAAACCAAUGUGGAAUAAACCUGUAAAACCAAUUUCCCUUAUUUAAUAAGUAACUUAUGUCACAUUAUAGUCUAAAAUACAUGUUUGCAUCCAAAGAAAACAUAUUAUUAAAAUGAAUGCACAUUAAAUGAAGAGAUCAUAACUGAAAGUACAGAUUGAACUUUUGAAGGUGCUUGUGAAGUGCUUUUUAUUUAUGUAAAUAAAAAAAACAUCAGGACUUUAUUUUUACACUCAGAUGAAGCCAAAUGUCCUUUUUGAUAUAAAUCUGGAAAACAUGGAAAGUGUAACUUUGUAUUAAAUUGCAUUUAUUUAUGUUCAUAAGACAUUUUUUGCAAAGUACAAACACAAAAAUGAGUCUAAAGCAGUGCUUCUCAAUUAUUUUCUGUUACGCCCCCCCCUAGCAAGAAGAAAACUAUUCGCGCCCCCCCUCCCCACCGUGACUAUCCUAACUUGUCUUGUAAGUCGUAAAAUGUUGCACUGUCGCAAACGUGACAGAAGUAACAAUGAGAGCGCCACUGCCCCCUGCUGUAGUAAAACGCGCAAUUACACUUUAUUCUAGUACUGCCAAAAAAAAAGCCUGUUCCCCAGGGUCACACGCGCCCCCCCAGGAAUAGCACCGCACCCCCCAAGGGGGGUGCGCCCCACUAUUUGAGAAGCACUGGCCUAGGUGACUGAUUCACAAUUUGGUUUUGUCUGAUAUCAGAUAUUAAAUAAAGAAAGCCAACUGGCUGAUUGAUUUGUUUUAAUUGAGAGGGAAAAAAAACAGCAAAAGCAUUUCACUAGCUGACCAGGAGAUGGCGACAGCGUGGCAUCUGAAGACCAUGGAUUGUUUGUUCUGCUAUAGCCUAGGUGACUGAUUCACAAUUUGGUUUUGUCUGAUAAUAGAUAUUAAAUAAAGAAAACCAACUGGCUGA